CAACAACAACAGCCAUUCAUUCUCUUUCGCUGUGUCUCCUCCUGUUCCCCUUCAACAACAACAGCAACAACAGCGACAACCAAUCAUGGGUGGUGGCGACCUUAACAUGAAAAAGAGCUGGCAUCCCCAGACGUUCCACAACAUCGAGAGAGUAUGGAAGGCCGAGCAGCGCGCCCUUGCGGAAAAGCGGAAGAUUGAGCAGCUGCGCAAGGAGCUGGCCGAGGAGCAGGCGCGCGAGGAGAUCCAGUCUGCCGCUGUCGAAGCAGGCCUACAGAAGAAGUCCACCAAACUAGAAUGGAUGUACCAAGUCAGCCGCGGCGGUGGUGGUGGCGGUGCUGGUGAAGACAAAGAAGAGUACCUUCUCGGCAAGCCCGUCGACAAGCGUGUGCUCGGCGACACCGCCAAGGAAGAGGACGACCUCAAGCUGGGCACGGCGGCGGGAGCGACGCUGCGGGAAAAGGAGGAGCAGGACCCCGCCGAGCGCCUGCGGGACAUGCAGGCGAAGGUGCGGGAGGACCCGAUGUUCAUGAUGAAGAAGCGGCAGCAGGAGCGCCUGCGCGAGCUCCGCAGCAAUCCCGUGCGCAUGCGGGAGCUGCGAAAGGCCCUGGAGAAGGACACGGGCAAGCACGACAAGAAGAAGCACAAGAAGAAGAAGCACAAGAAGGACAAGAAACACAAGAAGGACAGGAAGGACAAGCAAGGAGACAGGGCCGGCAGCGAGCGCGUCAAGGGCUGGGACCAGCACGACAGCAGCGACAGCGGUGACAACGGUCGUGGCGUUGAGAGCAGGCACAGGGGCGGUGGUGGCUCGGUGCACGACAGACGUCACCAUGACGAUGCUGAUGAUGUUGCAGUGAGGAGAAGGACGAGUGGCCGCAGACACGGCGAUGACGCCGCCGCUGGUGGUGACAGCAUUGGCGGGAUGCAGAGGAGAAGGGGAAGUGAGCGCAGCGAGAGGUACGAUGGCCGCGGUGCUGAUGACGGCGACAGGCGGCGGUCUGAUGGCCGGCACCGGACCAGGUCACGCUCCCGCUCGCCCGUGCAACCACGUCGCCAUCAUCAACGCGGUGGUCGUGGCGAUGAUGGUGGUGGUGAGGGUGUGGCUGCAGGUGGCAGGGUGGCGGAGACAAGCAGGCGGCCGCGGCGACGUCGGUGGGACACAGACAGCAGCAGCAGCAGCAGCACUCGCGGUGGUGAUCGUCAUGGUGAUGAUGUGAGAGGGGAUGAAGGUGAGAGAAGGAGAGACAGGGGUGGUGACGGUCGUGGCGGUCGUGGCGUGGAGGAUGAUGAUGCAGAGGCUGACAGGCGGCGGCUGGAGGCGAUGGUGGCGAAUGCCAGGUGGCGCGAAGGGGUGCGGCGGGAGAACCUGCGCAAGUACGAGGAAGAGGAGAAGCGCGAGGCCGAGGAGGAGGAGAAGGCAGCGGCAGCGCGGCGCAGGCGCGAUCAGGAUGGCGCCGACACAGAGGCAGCGUUUCUCAAGGACGUGCAAGCGGAAGCGUGGCGGUCCAGCAGCACGGCGAGUUUGGCGGACCGUGUGCGAAGGAACGUGCACUACAUCCAGCGCACGGCACAUGCCAUGGAGCAUGGCCUCAAGCGCUCAUGACGACAUUGUGUGUGGGCGUUGUGUGUGUGCAUGUGUCUGCGUGUGUGCAUGUGCAUGUGUGUGCA